AAGUGCCCGGCACGGAAGCCCCGCCCCCGGGCUGUGUGGCGCCUGCAGCAGUCUCCCCGCAGAGCCCCCGAGAUUUCUCCUCCGCCCCACCGAACUUGGGGGGCGAGGAGUGCGGCAGAGUUGCCUUCUCCCUGCCCGAAGUGCCGAGCGGCUUGGCCUGAAGAGCGGCUGCUCCCCACGGAGAGCCAGAAGCUGUGGGGCAGCAGCAGCGGAAGGAGCGGGGCGCAGAGGCGGGGGGUGGAGGCAGCCGGCUGGCUGGCUGACGAUGGGCUCUUCUUCGGUCGCCUCCAGCGGCGCGUUGAGCAGCUCCGCAGACGCGGAAAGACUCGGCCGCUUCUCGGCCACAAAGCCCGGCAGUAGGGAGAGCCCGGCAGAAAGCGCCGCCGCGCCACGUCUCCGCCCGACGCCCGUCCCGAGUUCGGACGAGCAGCAGCAGCAGCGCGACAUGCUUCUUUCAUGCCCCUGAGUUGCCAAGAGGAUGGAUCAGCAGAACGGAGAGCAGAGCAAUCUGGCUCAUUCCCUGUUUGAAACUUUUCUCCAUGCCAAGCAGAGCAAAGAGGUGCUGAGCAGCUUUGUGGCUCUAUGCAAACAUCUGGACUUGAAUCAUACUGGCCAGCUCCAGUUCUAUCACAAGCUGAAGUCUUGCCUCAACUAUUGGAAUGCCAAAGCCCUGUGGGUCAAACUGGACAAGAAAGCUAGUCACAUAGACUAUGAUCAGGGGAGGGCAUGUGCCAAUUCCAAGUGCCUGAUAAUUGGGGCAGGCCCCUGUGGUCUUCGCUCAGCCAUUGAGUUGGCCUUCCUUGGGGCCCACGUGGUGGUAGUAGAGAAGAGAGAUGCCUUUUCCCGGAACAAUGUGCUGCACCUCUGGCCUUUCACCAUCCAUGACUUGCGGGCGCUGGGGGCCAAGAAAUUCUAUGGCCACUUCUGCACAGGCUCGUUGGAUCAUAUCAGUAUCCGUCAGCUGCAGCUGAUCUUGCUGAAAGUAGCCUUAAUCUUGGGGGUUCAGAUUCAUAACAAUAUGGAGUAUAAGGGGCUCAUUCCACCAGCAUCGAAGUCAGAUGGGCAAGUUAGUGGCUGGAGGGCCGUGCUGCAUCCCUCCUCCUCUCCCCUGAGUCAGUAUGAAUUUGAUGUCCUCAUCUCCGCAGGUGGAGGCAGGUUUGUGCCAGAAGGUUUUAAGCGGAAGGAGACCCGUGGGAAAUUGGCCAUUGGCAUCACUACCAAUUUUGUUAAUCAUCACAGCAAGGCUGAGGUGGAGGUGGCUGAGAUCAGUGGAGUGGCUCGCAUCUACAAUCAGCAGUUCUUCCAAAACCUCUAUAACAAAACAGGUAUUGACUUGGAAAACAUAGUCUAUUAUAAAGAUGACACUCACUACUUCGUCAUGACAGCCAAGAAGCAGAGCCUGCUGAAGAAAGGAGUCAUCUUAAAUGACAAGCUGGACAUAGAGAGCCUGCUGUCAGCAAACAAUGUGAACCAGGAAGCUCUUCUAACAUACGCCAAGGAAGCUGCCAACUUUUCUACCAGUGACCAGCUGCCCAACUUGCAGUUUGCACUGAACCAUCGCAGCCAGCCAGAUGUAGACAUGUUUGACUUCACUUGCAUGAGCCGCUCAGAGAAUGCAGCACUCGUCCGUGACUGCAGUGGCACCAAGCUGCUCAUUGGGCUGGUGGGGGACUGCCUGGUGGAGCCAUUCUGGCCAUUGGGCACCGGUGUGGGCAGAGGGUUCCUGGCAGCCUUUGAUGCUGCCUGGAUGGUAAAGAGAUGGGCUUCAGGGACACCCCCUCUGGAUGUACUGGCUGAGAGAGAAAGCAUGUAUCAGCUUCUGUCACAAACAUCCCCGGACAACACCAACAAGAACACCAGUCGGUACAGCAUUGAUCCUACCACACGAUACCCAAACAUCAACCUUCAAGCGAUCAAAGCUUCUCAGAUUCACCACCUGUAUGUGAAAGGAGCAAUUGAAAAGGACCAGAAGAAGAGGACCAGUUGGGCUAGCCCAGAGGCAGACUCCACAGACUCUAAUAAUCGAGCCUAUGAGGAACUCCUCAGCUGGUGUCAAACUAACACAGCAAGUUACCCUGACAUCAAAGUAGAAGACUUUUCACAGUCCUGGAAGAAUGGCAUGGCUCUCUGUGCCCUCAUCCAUCACUUUCGACCUGACCUUCUAGACUUCAACUCACUGGACCGGAAUGAUCCCAUUGGGAACAACCAGAUAGCCCUAGACGUGGCAGAGCAAGAGCUAGGGAUCCCUCCGGUCCUUUCCAGUGCUGAAAUGGGUUCAGUGUCUGAGCUUGACCGACUUGGCUUGAUUACUUACCUGAGCCAGUUUUAUGAUGCCUUCAAGACCUCUUCAGAUCUGGAGGAGAAAACUGCAAAGCCUCUAUCACCACGUGGCACCAAGGGAGCUGUGCUCUUCCUUAGCAAGCUCCAGAAAAGUCUCUCUCUUUCACGUAAACGAACCCAGGAUAGCAGCACGCUGGAGUCACAAACCAAGAGAACGAAGCAAGAAGCUGGGAGUCCCCUCCACUCUAUGGGAAGAAGCAGCGAUGCCUGCUAUUUCUGUGGUGAACAUGUUUAUAUCCUAGAACGAGUCAGUGCUGAGAGGCAUUUCUUCCAUCGCGGUUGCUUCAAGUGCCACCGCUGUAAGACAACACUGCGGUUGGGGGACUAUGUCUUCAAUGAGGAUGAUGGUAAUUUCUACUGCCUGCUACACGGUGCUGCCCCCAUGACUAUGGCUGUACCUGGCAGGACUGUCACCAUGAAAGCAGCAUGUAAAGAUUCCACCCAACUCUACAUUCCUUCAGACAAAGGCAUAAUGGACAUGGCCACUGAAGAGACCAGCACAGAGACUGAUACAUUUCAUCAAAGCCUGGAUGAGAAUUUCUCUUCCUUCACAGGUCAUCUGCCCACAGAACAGCCUGCAGAACGUCGAACCUUACCUCAGGAAGAUGCCAACAUAUUCCGGUCUAGAAAAAAUGGAGGUGCUACAAACUCAUCACAGUUUCCACCUCACCAGCAUUCUGUUGUGAGGGAUGAUGAGUUAGGAAGUCCUGUUUCUGAGGCCCACUUAAUUUCACAGCUUGUACAUAAAGACACAGAGGAGGGCAGGACCCAUCCUAAGAAACUUGGACGUGGCCUAAGAAAUUGGACUUACAACCUGUCCCAGAAAGAGGCACUUGGGAUAGGAAUGCAAGGAGCUCUAGUACAGUCUGCAGAUCCCAAAGAAGUGCCAACUGCAUCUGACCCCAAACUAGAAGAGGAAAGUGAAGAUUCCCAGAGGAGGAGGAGGAUUUGCCUGACUAACCAGGAGAAGCUUGAAUUAUCUAGACUGAGUCCAGUUUCAGUCUCAUUUAAUUUCCCAGAUUCUUCAGAGAUGGAAAGUGACAGUGAAGAGGAGCAAGUGGCAGAUGAAGAGGAGGAGAGCCAAGAUCUUUGUGCAAAGAUGUAUUCCUUGAGCAUGACUGAAGAAGAAAAAUACCCAACCUGGAAAAAGACAUUGAUGCGACGAGCCAAAGAAGCUGAAAUGAAAAGAUUUUGCAAAGCUCAGUCAAUCCAGAGGCGACUAGAAGAGAUUGAGGUAACCUUCCGAGAGUUGGAAAAACAGGGAAUAAAACUGGAGCGAUCCCUCCGUGAUGAAGGAGGAACAGAAUCUGAACUGAAGAAGCUAUGGAUGAACCAGUUGCUUUUCCUGGUCCAAAAGAAGAACAGCCUGAUGUCUGAGGAAUCCGACCUCAUGAUUGCGGUACAAGAAUUGAAGCUAGAGGAGCAGCAGAGUCAGCUGGAUCAAGAACUGCGGCAGUUUUACAACAUGGAAGAGUCAAUGAAAACCAUAGAGGACCGGCUGACUGAAAAAAGGAUCCUGUCCCAGUUGCUGGAGGUGGUCAAUCAGCGGAGCGCUCUGAUUGAGAUGCAGGAGAAUAAACGCCUUAGCGAGCUCUAUGAGGGGAUUCCAAACAUGUAGCACAUUUGGAAGGUUUAAGGGCUUAAGGGUCAGGCCUGCAGGCCUUAGUCCACAUGAGUCUGGGGAAGUGAGCUGUGCUUGCCCAAGAUCACCUGAAGGCAGCCUGGCAACAUCUUCCCCAAGGGCCUGCUACUCAAAGUGGAGGUGACAACCAUGUGUUGUAUAUGGAACAGUAGCAUUUUCUGCCAGUUUAAUAACCACAGCCCAGAUCACCUCAGGAAAGGUCCUGUCUGGAAGAGGACCAGAGUUGGAGCUUUAGCAGGUAGUUCCUCCCACCCACCUCCCACCUGCUGCUGCUGGCACAGGUUAGUCCUUGGAAAUUGCUCCCGGAAAGGAACAGGUCUAACAUUGAUCUUCCUCCAGCUGCACAUGAUGGUUACUACUGUGGUAUGUUUCAUGUAUUUCUUUCAACAGAAGUAUUUAUUUUUCAGACUGUGUAAUAAAGCAUUUGGGGGAUGAAACAUAUCCAGUAGUAGUAUAUGUCCUUGGAAAAGAUAGUGAAGACUUUUCAGUGUAAGAGCUCAGUAUAUCUCCCAACUACACCUUCUUGUCUUUGCUCAAACCUAUGCCCAAUGAAACUAUAGGGAUAUUCCUUCUGCCCAUGUUUACAGAGGCACAGUCUUGCUUUGUGUGAGGGCUGCUGCUUUCUCUUGUGCAUUUCAGUAAAGGGGGGGAGGAAUGCAGAGGAUACAGUUUAUACCCUGAAAAAUGACAAUGUAAUUUUUAAAUUGCAGCUUAAAAAAUUACAGAAAACAAAACAAGCACUGCUGCUGUGGAAGGGGUUAUCUAGAGCAGCAUUAGAUGAUGCCGUUAAACAGGUCCCACCAGUAUAGGUUCUGCAACUCUGAGAAUCAACUUUCCUGGGAUCAGGAGGAAGAGAAUGGGAAAAUGAUCCAUACUUACAUUCCUCACUCCAAAAUUUGAAAACAAAGCAAAAUUAAAAACCACAUACACAGGAGAUGCGUGGGGUUAAGAAUGUCUACUUUGGAUCCAGUGGUCCAUCAGGGGAAGGUGCUAACUAUCAUGGAUCAUUUCCAAGUUCCCUCUUGCCCCUGGUAUGUUGAAUUCCAGAGCUGUGGGACCUAUGUAGGUCAGGAGGCUGUACUGAAGAGGAGGAAUGAGCAAUUAACUCCCUUACCCCUUAUCAAUGCAGCCCCUCCCCCACCCCAUAACUGUUAGUCAAUGUAGAUUUUACAAUCCCAGGAAUCAACUGAGGAGAGACACACAGGAUGCACCCAUGAUCCUCGCACCCACCAAUUGCAAGAUCGAACCAAAUACCCAGUUUGAGCUUCUGUCCUUCUCAAAAACGUAACUGUAAUUCUGUAGUACAGCAUAGAACAGUGUUAAGUGUUCUGAAAUAUUUCUGCAACCAAAGUGCAGCCUUAAGAGAUUUGUGCACAACAAAUGCACAUUUGCUCCCCACUGACAAAGCCUGCAGAAAUGCCUUAAGAAAACUACUGUGACUUGAUGGGAAUCAGGAUUUUGCAUGCUUUUAAAAAAUGUUAUCUGUUAUAAUCAGAGAAUUGCACUUCCCGGUUUAGUGUAAAACGUUUUGCUUUUGCAAUAAAAAUGCAUGGAGUAAACAGAAA